AUAUGUAAUUCUAUUGUUGGGGUUGAGCCGAAUUAUCAGAGGUUCCCUUGUUUGAAAUCGCUUUCGUUGAGUUAUGUUACUAUAUCUGCGUUGGAUUUGAAUCUUUUGGUGUCUGCUUGUCCGAGGAUUGAAGCUUUGGAGCUUGUGAAUCCGGAGAUCGCGAUGUCGGAUGGUCAAGUGACCGUUGAGUUGAGUAGCUCGACGCUGAAGAGUGUUUAUGUAGAAGCAAUCAGUUUGGACAAGUUUGUAUUGGAGGCGGAUGGGAUUGAGUGUUUGUACUUGAAAGAUUGUGCUCUCGAGGAUUUUGAACUCAUUGGAAAGGGGACGUUGAAGAGUUUUAGGAUCGACGAUGUUAGUGUUAUACAUCUUGAUAUCGGCGAGAUUGUUGAGAAUCUUGAGAGUGUGGAUAUCAGCAACUUCACGAUUAUAUGGCCAAAGUUUUACCAGAUGAUAUCGAGGUCGUCAAAUUUAAAGCGGCUUAGGCUUUGGGAUGUGAUGUUUGAUGACGAGGACGAGGUUGUGGAUUUGGAAACAAUUGCCACUUGCUUUCCACAGCUGAGUCAUUUAUCUCUGAGUUAUGAUGUGAGAGAUGGAGUGCUUCACUACGGGUUACUAGGCUCUUCUGAUCUGGAGAAUGUUGUUGUCUUGGAGCUCGGCUGGAGCGUGAUUAAUGAUCUUUUCUCCCAGUGGGUUGAAGGGCUGCUUAAGCGUUGCCCAAUUCUCAAGAAGCUAGUCAUUCAUGGUAUUGUUUCCGAGGCCAAGACUGAUGAAGAAUGCAAGAUGUUAGCCAAUUUCACGACUUCCAUGAUUGAGCUGAUGAGGAGAUACACAGAUGUAGAUCCACAUUUUAAAUUUGAAUAGGAUUCUUCUUCUAAAUGAUGCCUUGUUAUAGCUCAGACUUGUUUUAAGUCUGAUUAUGUUGGCAAAUUUGCAGGUAACUUACAGAUAUCAAGAGUUUAUGAACAAUUUUUACUCGGUUAUUGGUAUGAAUCCCUAUUCAAAAUCAGGAAUUUGAUCACUUUGUUUGCAAAGGAAAAGUUAUUAAAUAUUAACUAAUUUCAAUAUGUCAGAUAUUGUAACUGAUUUGAGUUGUUACAAUUUACAAUUAGUGGUGGCAUUUAUGAGGCCUUCAAAGUUAUACCAUUAGGAAUUUUUGCUAGA